UGAAAUUUGCUUUCAUGUAUCCCAGUGGAGAGGGUGAGUGUCCUGGGUCUCCUCCUCAUUUUUCUGUACUCCAGGGAGCAAGGCCAGUCAGAGCCUUCCAGUGGCCGCCCUGAAGGGUUAAUAGGGAGUGUUUGUAGCAGCCCGGUCACCAAGGAGAGGAGAGCUCAGCGGCAAACCCAGUAGGAACCGUCCAGCCAGCUUGGGUAGUGCUGGGAGUGGGUGGGGGGAGAGAAGGCAGGUCCACCUGACGGGGCAGUGGUAGCAGGUCCUCGGGAUGGCCUCGGCAGUCCGAAGGGUGAGGUAGUCCCCGGCUAACUUGGUGGGGAAGGGAGAGAGACAAGUUUAGGAAGGUAUUCAGGAGCAGGGAGAGGUGAGGUCGGACUCAGUUUGCCGUGGGGAUGAAGCUGGAAGAGUGAGUGGAGCGGGGAGGAUGGAUUUCUGAGGGAAGUUGGGGGAGAGGCAGUGGAGAGCGGCUCAGGAGGGGCUCUCUCAGCGUGGCCCCCCAGUCACAGAACCCCAGGGGCCGCCAGGUGAAAGGAAGAGGACGCCGGCCGAGAUCAGGAACCCAGGGGGAGGAAGCUGCCUUAGGUCCGACCCACAGUUAAAACUCGGAAGAUGAGCAGGGGGCCAUUUGCCACCAGUGGCAGGACAGCGUCCGGACCCCCAGAUCCCCCGAUCCGCAGCAUUCGGCCCUUUAAGUCCAGCGAGCAGUACCUGGAGGCGAUGAAAGAGGACCUCGCUGACUGGCUCAGGAAUCUCUACCAACUGGAUAUCGGCUCGGCCAACUUCCUGGAGGUGCUGGAGACCGGCCAGCUGCUGUGCCAACACGCCAACGCGGUCACCCGGGCCGCCCGGGACUUCCUGGCCCGCUCCCCGGCCUCGGCCCAGAAAAUCUGGCUGCCCCGAUCGGGGGUUUGCUGCAAUGGGGCGGCCCAGCCAGGCACCUUCCAGGCCCGGGACAACGUCUCCAACUUCAUCCAGUGGUGCCGGAAGGAGAUGGGCAUCAAAGAGGUGCUGAUGUUUGAGACAGAGGACUUGGUGCUUAGGAAGAAUGAAAAGCAUGUGGUCUUGUGCCUGCUGGAGCUGGGACGGCGAGCCUGGAGGUUUGGGGUAGCAGCUCCCACCCUGGUGCACCUGGAGGAGGAGAUUGAGGAGGAAUUGCGGCAGGAGCUGGCCCUGCCCCCACCUGACCCUCCUCCCCCAGCUCCUCCAACCCGGCAACCCUGCCAUUUCAAAAACUUGGACCAGAUGGUACAGAACCUGGUAAGUUACUGUACCUGCCCUGUGCAGUUCUCCAUGAUCAAGGUGUCUGAAGGGAAAUAUCGAGUGGGGGAUUCCAACACACUCAUCUUCGUCAGGAUCCUGCGGAGCCACGUGAUGGUCCGCGUGGGCGGCGGCUGGGACACGCUGGGGCAUUACCUGGACAAGCACGACCCCUGCCGCUGCACCUCGCUCUCUCACAAGAUGGGCGGCCCCCAGAAGCUGCAGGCCCCCCCGGUACAGCACGAGGUGAGAAUACAAGGGGGCGCUGCCCAGCCUCAGCCCACCCUGACCAUCAGCCGCUCGCAGAGCCCGCUGCCCCCAGUGGACUGGAAGACGUACACGCCUCCAGGGCGCAGGCUUCGACCUCCCCCCUCCUGCUCCCCAAGACCUCGUGACAGGUGGGGGACAGGUGGGGGGUCUUCGGGAGACACGGCUGUACCUCAGAGGAGCCGGGAAACAUCAGCCACCCCAACCCGUCGCUUGUCACCAGCUAGAGAUGUAGCCUCCCAGUCCUCAGUCACACAGACUGGCCAAGAUUUGCAUCAGGUUCCCAUAAGGCAAUGGAAAGGCAGGGGCUUCCCUGGGGCUCCCCGGGGAGGGACCCCUAGCCACUCAUGCAUCCCUGGAGAAAUGGAUAGCCAAGGAAGCUGGGUCACUGAUCCUGCUCUUCAGAGGGUUUCAGCCCCUGAGGUGGCUCCUAAAGAACCACUGGUUCUUUCUGUCCUACCUGUUUCUUCUAAUCUCUCCAAACCCUUUACCCUCAAACAAUCCCUGCCGGCUCCUGGGAAACCUUCCCAGGGGCAAGCACAAGGAGUCAUUACCUCCCAGCUUGAGGGUCCUGGAUUUGUCCAAUCCUUUUCCCCUAUGAAAGGGGCCUCCAGGAUGUCCAUCUGCUCAGCUCCCAGUCACCCACUAACAGCAGGAAGGAGUCCUUCAGAAUCUGAACGUGGUACCCCGGCUCCCACAACAGAAACAGCCGUAAGGGUCAGAGCUGGAGAAAGGAAGACCCCUCAGCCCCGAAAUGGCAGUCAGUCCCUGGAGGCCAAGUCAAGAGGCCAGGAUCAGAGAGUGGGCUCUGUGACGGGGGCUGGAAGAGGCCAUCCUCCCAGGCACCAGUCCGGAAGGCAGACAUUCACCAUUCUGUCCACUGACAAGGGACAAGAAGCACUGUCCCAGAGCCUGGAAGACGAGAUCUUGAUGGACAUCAGGGUGCUAGAGGCCAGAGGGGCCCAUCCGGGGGCGGACCCUUGCCCCCCAGAGGCCCCAGCAGUGCAGAUUCCUCGAAGCGGUGUAUACGUCCCCCAUCCCGGGACACGGUGGCCAGUGCCUGGCGCUCCUUAUGAUAGCGUCCUUAGAGAAUUGGCUCUAGAGCCCCCAGCUCUCAUCAAGGUGGACCCGGGUGGCUGGGGGGUGCCCACCGUGCGUGCUUCUGAGCUAGACACAGCCCAAAGCAAGUGCGACUCAGAGGGAAAGGGGAGGCUGGAAGAAAAUGGGGUGGGGAGGAAGGCGGACCCAGGGGUCAGAGACACAAAAGUGAAGAGAGCACCACCUUUAGGACAGCAGGGAGGGCAAUCCCAGACUCCACUCCCAGAGGCCAAGGGCAAUGAAGUACCUCAACCCGUACCCUCCUCUGACUUGGAAAAAUCCAAAGUGCCCACGGGGAAAGGCAGGAGGAUGUUGAAAAAACCAGAGAGAAUACCAUCCAUUUACAAGUUAAAACUGAGACCUAAGAUCCGUCCUCGGAGAGACCACCGUCCAGAAAAGCGGCCCUCCCGGAUUCCCACUCCUCUAGCCUACCGCCAGAGCCGAGCCAAGGGGCCUCCUACCACGCCCAAGUUGAGGGGUGGGCUGGGCAGUGCAGGAGAUGGGGGUUCGGGGGAUGAGGAAGAGAUCAGCACUGGCCUGUCCACUGAAAGCCUGGGAUCACCACCUGCUGGUCCAUCCUGGCUUCCACAGGAGGAGGAGGAAUCUUGGGUCUGAAGUGGGGUCCAACCUUGGUCACACCCUCUGCUCAGUGGGUGGAGAUGGGGACAGGGAGGGACAAGGAUGCCCUAGGCCUGAUUUCUGACCUUCCCACCCCACCUCAGAGGGUUGGAGGUUUCCCUCCCUCCACUCUUUGCCCCAGGAUUUGAGCCAAAAAGGUCAAAGUUGGAAAAUUGCUUUGGCCCAUUCUGUUGUACAGAGGGCACUCGCUCUCCACAUUUUCACACUCCAUUUGGGAAAGUGGAAGAGACUUCCAAACUACUCAAUAAUCUAAUGUGGCUCCUGCUCCCGUCCUCCAACUAGGAGCCAUUUCUUGACUCUCUUACCUUUACCUUUGGAUCAAGCCUGAGUCUCCUCUCCCAAUUAAGUUAUUAAAGCUCCUUGUGUCUUUGGAA